AUGUUUGUUGUGUUUCUGCUGUGCAUUGUCUUUCUGGUCUGCUCAAAUAAGGACUCUGCAACGGCAUGUUAUAAAUGUAAAAAAUAUCAUCUUGGGUUAUGCUAUGACACCAUGAAGAUCUGCAUCCUAAAGCACCAACAGUCCUGUGCUAUUGAGAACCUUUACUUCCUUACGAGAAAAGGGAGAAGUAUGUAUUAUUAUUCCAAACUGUCAUGUAUGACCAACUGUGAGGACAUCAACUUCUUGAGUUUUGAGAAAAGAAGAGAGCUCAUCUGUUGCAGACAUAAUAACUAUUGCAACCUCCCUGAGGGAGUUUAA